AUGUUUUUAUCAGUGAGUGGAUCAGGAUUUCAUAUGAAUUAUCGUUAAGAAGUUAGACUCCCAAAAUUGCAAGGCCAUAAAGUACAGGCUUACAGUAUGCCUAAGUAUAAACAAUUAAACAGUCCAGAUGAGAAACCGACAUCUCCUGAUAGGUUUCUUAAGUACCUUAACAAUAAAGUUCAAUCUCAAUCAGGAGUUUAUAGAAACCCUGUAGCUGUUCAAUCCUCUAUGAUAUUGAUUGCAAAACAAAUGAAGUUCUCUUCUGAUCAACAUACUCAUAGACAGAAAGAGAAAUCAAUAAAAAUAAUUGAGUAAUCGAAUGAAUAUAAAUACAAUUUGGGAUUGGGAAACAACCAUGAAUUAGUAUAAAGAAUUAUGGAUACCAGAGUCGAUUGGUAGCAAACUAAGGAUAAUUCAUCGAUGUUUGUUAAUUUUAGAUGGCAAUAAUGGAAUAGAGGUUACAAAUAUGAUAGAUUGAUCUUGAAUAAUUAAUACAAAUAGAUGGUUAAUCAUUUUGAAAAUCAUCCAGAACUAAGUAACAAAUAAUAUUUGUUUAGAAAUCUCUGCUCAUAUUCUGAACAAAACAAAUAAAGUGUAUAUGAUUCAGUUCCGAUAACAUUUGUGUUAGAUUUUAAAGAUGACUCUGUUGACUAGCAAUUUACAUAAUUUGUCAAAUUCUUUGAUAAGUAUGCUCCCAAGAAGAUUGAUCAAAUGGCAAAAAAAUUAGUGGAAUAUAAAAAGAAAUUAAAAAUUCCAGUCUAACCUAUGAAUGAUAAGAAAAUAUAGCCAAUUCCCAUUAGAAUACCAAAAACAUAGAGUGGCAAUUAAUAUUUAUGGCUAUUGAAACCCACCUUUUUGAACAGAGGACAAGGGAUUCAUGUCGUUAAUGAUUUAGAUACUAUAAUAUCACUCAUUUGUGAAUACCAGGAAGGACAUUAAACUGUAGAAGAUGAAGAUCCAAAAAAUAACAAAAAAAAUAAUAAUAUCAAGGCUAAUUCCUUUGUAAUUCAGAAGUAUAUAGAAUAACCAUUUCUUAUCAAUCAAAGGAAAUUUGACAUUAGAGUAUGGGUAUUAGUUACCUAAGAUCUUCAUUGUUAUUUUUUCAAAGAAGGUUACAUUCGUACUUCUUGUGAGAAUUAUAACACUGAAGAUGUAAGUAACUAAUUUAUUCAUUUGACCAAUAAUGCCAUUUAAAAAUACUCUGAAAAAUAUGGAGAGUUUGAAGAUGGAAAUCAAUUGUCAUUCGAUGAUUUUUAAAAUUAUCUUAAUCAAUAAGGAUUCAACAUUGAUUUUUAAUAAAAUAAUGUUACCAAGAUGAAAUAACUAGUUUGGAUGUCUAUGCAAUCAGUGAAGAGAAAGCUAAACCUUCAUUAAAGGAAAUUUUGUAUGGAAAUUUUUGGAUAUGACUUCAUAAUAGAUCAAGAUUUUAAGACAUGGUUGAUAGAAAUUAAUACUAAUCCUUGUAUUGAGGAAUCAAGUGGAAUAUUAAAAAUGUUAUUACCUAGAAUGUUAGAUGAUGCAUUCAAAAUGACAAUUGAUGUGUUAUUUCCACCAAAAUAAAAGUUAGAAAUAGUCGAAUCUACAUUUCCAGUUAAUAAAUAUUCAAACACAGAAUCACUAUGGGAAUCCAUUGGAAAUCUUGAUUCACCAAAAACCGCCACAAAACAGAGUGCUCUACUUUUACCAAAUUAGUUAUCCUCACAAAUUUAAUAAUUUCAGACUAUCCUACCAAUAUACUAAGGAGAUCUAUGA